CUAAAUAGCACGGCCGUGAAUACAAGACCAAUAUGGCGGCUUUUUAAAUGAGUGGUUCAAAUUGUUCCAAUUAUUUCUCGUCAUAACAUUAAGUAUAAACAUGUAAAAUAUAUACUGAAUAAAUGCCGGUAUAUAAGGAAAGAAGUAUUGACGGGGGGAAGAAAGUUUAGUCAUGUUUCAAAGCAGGAAAAAAGCUGGUAGGUUCACUAUAUAAAGUUUAAAACUCAAAUGGUCAAUAUUUCUAUCAGUGGUAGAUGGGCGUUUUUGUUAGAUUAUAUUUCAUUUUGACAGGAAAUGUCAGUAUAAAAUUUCAAAGGAUUAAAGAGAAACUGUUACAGGAAGUGUCUAAAAUAGUUAAAGAGGUAAGAAGUGCUUGGUUCUUUUGGAUAUGGCCCGAUUUACACAACAAAAACUAACCUGGGUUGCUCCCUGGUUGAAAAGUUUGUACCCCAAAGUGCAAGUGCACCUAACCUGGUUCUACAAACCCUGGGUCAAGCUCUGGUUACAAACAGUUGCACUUCAUAGUGUCAUGAGGUAUCACUGGUCAUCUUCUUUACCAAUAUCAUCAUCAAUAUCAUCAUCAUGAUGACUAUCAUAGCAUCACUAUAAAUAUCACCAUCAAUACCACCACUAUCAUUGCCACCAUCCAUCAUCACCAUUCAUCAUCAUCACCAUUCAUCAACAUUACCAUAUCCAUCACAACAAGUCUACGUCACUACCAUCAUCACCACCAUCAUUACCAUCAUCACCAUCAUCAUCACCACCCAUCAUCUCCACCAUCAUCACCACUACCAUGGUCACCACAAGUUCUAAGAUAUUGAUAAGGUGUAAAAAAAAUACCUGUGGUUCUGCUUCCCGACCGACCCUAUUUUUUUCUGCUGACCCUAUUAUUUUUUCAACGCGAUUGACCGUGCAACCCUAUUUUGUCUGGGUGGUUGCGGGCUGCUUCCAAAAUGGUGUCUGUUGUCACACUAAUUAUUGAAAAAACCAUGAAAAAAAUAUUCAAAAAAAAAAUUAUUUCCGACCUACCAACCCUAAUUUUUUUGCGAUAUGAAACCGGAACCACAGGUAUUUUUUUACGCCUAAAGAACUGUAUUAACUAUAUUUAAUGAGUAAAAUCAUUAUAUGUUGAUAUUUUAGUUGCAAAAACAUGCUUUAACCACUGGAUCAUUUGAUGUAUCCAGGUACUGUAGUAUCAUGUAGAGUGGGUUUUCAUGGUAUCAUGAAUUAUUGUAUUUUCAUGUGACACAGAAUCAUUAUUUUAGAAAUGAUGAAUGUGCAUUGAAUUUGACAUUUGUAUUAGAAGCAAUCUUCCUGCAUGGCUACCAAGCAUCGUCUGUAAGUUUUAUCAAGAAAUUCUUUUGUUGUAAAAUGUCCUGUAUUGUCAAAUUUUUGUUAUAAAUUUAAUUUGUUCUUUCAUUCUUCAGGGACCCAGCUUCUUUAGUAAAUCUUCAUCUGGUGCUUUGCCUUCUCCAGUGAGUAUAUUCACUUUAAUUUAUAUCUUGAAAGUUUGAGCACAGAUUCAUUGCAUUCUCUACAAACAUUCCCUGAAAACACCACCACAACAACAACAAAAGCAGCAACAACAACAGCAACAACAGCAGCAGCACAACAACAACAACAACAGCAACAACAACAGCAGCAACAACAGCAAUGACAACAACAACAGCAACAACAGCAACAACAACAGCAACAACAACAACAGCAGCAACAACAACAACAGCAACAACAACAGCAACAACAACAACAGCAGCAACAACAGUAAUGACAGCAGCAACAACAACAACAGCAGCAACAACAACAACGACAACUGCAGCAGCAGUAACAACAACAGCAACAACAACAGCAACAACAACAACAGCAACAACAGCAGCAACAACAGUAAUGACAGCAGCAGCAACAACAACAACAGCAGCAGCAGCAACAACAACAACAACAACAACUGCAGCAGCAACAACAACAACAACAACAGCAAUGACAACAGCAGCAACAACAACAGCAACCACAACAACAACCACAACAACAACAGCAACAACAACAGCAGGAACAACAACAGCAACAACAACAACAGCAAUAGCAACAACAGCCACAACAACAAUGCAACAACAACAACAACAACAGCAGGAACAACAACAGCAAAAACAACAAUGCAACAACAACAACAGCAGUAGCAACAACAACAACAACAGCAGCAACAACAACCACGGCAACAACAACAGCAACAACAACAAUGCAACAACAACAAUAGCGGCAACUACAGCAAUGACAACAACAGCAACAACAACAACAACAACAGCAACAACAACAACAACAACAACAACAACAACAAGAGCAACAACAACAGCAGCAACAACAACAAGAACAACAGCAGCAACAACAAUGCCAGAGAAUAAUCAAGUGCUUUUGUUUUUUAAGGAAUUUUGGAAUCUCCUACAUCCAUUUACUCACAAGGAUGUUCUUCAUCAGUUGGCUCAUUUAUCUCACAUCACUUCACAUGUUGGAAAAUGUAGAGUAAGGAAAACUUUGUAAAAUGUUGAUUUUUAAAAAUUUCAAAUUUGUUGACAAACACUAUAAUUGUUUAUCAUCAUAGAUGAUUAAUAUGUUCACACAUCAUCUUUCUAGGCCUGGUUAAGAUUGGCUCUGAAUGAUGGUUUGAUGGAAAGUUAUUUUCAUGCUAUUCUCUCUGACAAGAAAAAAAUCAGGUAGAUGUUGUGUAAACACAAAACUUCACACAUUGCUAUCACUGUGAUUUAAACCUUUUCAUACACUUCAACUUUAGUAUGUUUUAACUAAGGCUUGAAAAACUGCUGCCAUUCAAUGGGUUAAUCAGACAACAAUAUCUGCCCCAUGUUAUUCUACUCUGUCUAAUGCUAGACAAUUUAUUUGCCAAGAGGAGAGUGCUUAAAGGAUCAAACCUUAAUGUCAUUGAUUUAUCUUUUAAAUUCUAGUCAUCACUAUGCUUCUAAAGCAUUCCUCAGAGAUGAAGAAGCUAUAGCAAUCAUAAUGAAUCAUUUCUUAGGUAAUUUGCAGUGGAUUGUGCUUUUUUAUGUUUCCUACUGAAAUAAAUUGUAGUUUAUUUUAGUAGUUUAGUUGAACAGGUUUUACAACCCUAUUGGUAAAGGUCUCUAAGGGCAGUUCCAUGUAUAAUUAGUGCCAAAGGGUCCUUCACAGAAAAAAAGAAUUUGAUGUACAGUACUUUAUUAUUUAAUUCCAGGUCUGCUUGAGCUCAAUUUUGACCUCAACUAUAAUACCCCAAGCUUAAAUCAAUGGACAGCGCAUGUUCUUCAACUGUCAGGGAUCUGGGAACCACCUUCUGCCCCAGCUGCUACCAUGGCAACCAGAACAACAGGUAUAUUACUACAGCCAUAAUUUGAAUAAUAGCCCAAUGUAUAAUAAUUUAAUAUAAUAUUAUUAAUUAACGUGUGACCAACAAAAUUUUUGGAAACUUUUACAAAUGAUAUAUUGAUAUCUUCAUUCCAUAAUAUGGUAAUUUUUCUCCAUAUUCUAUUAGAUAUGCCUUUUUCAUAUCAUCCUUAACAUUUUGAUUCACUGCAGUGGAAUUAUUUAACUAGACUUGAUUCCUAUGUUUUAGAUCAAAACCCUCGGCCACUAUCUGUUCCAAAAGCUGCCAUACAAAGUAAUGUAGUAACACCUAAGAUUUCAUCUACAUCGAAAGAAAUUACACCCACACAGCACAGCAAAAAGUCGGGCAAAAAAAGCACAAAGCCACCUGUUCAUAUAACUGAUCCAGAAAUUACAUCUCCCUCUACUUCGUCAACUCCUUCCACUGAUCAGGUACAGUUUAUUUCACUGCCGUCCGCCAAGGUUAGGGUAUACCUGUAUCAUUAUCCACUAUCAUCACCAUCUCUAACAUCACCACACCAUCAUCAUAACCACCCCCACCAUCAACCACCAUGGCACCACCAUCAUCAUAACCACCAUGGCACCAUCAUCAUAACCACCACCAUCAUAACCACCAUCAUCAUAACCACCAUCAUCAUAACCACCAUGGCACCAUCAUCAUAACCACCCCCACCAUCAACCACCAUCAUCAUAACCACCAUCAUCAUAACCACCAUCAUCAUAACCACCAUCAUCAUAACCACCAUGGCACCAUCAUCAUAACCACCCCCACCAUCAACCACCAUGGCACCACCAUCAUCAUAACCACCAUGGCACCACCACCAUCAUAACCACCAUCAUAACCACCAUCAUAACCACCAUCAUCAUAACCAUCAACCAUCAUCAUAACCACCCCCACCAUCAUAACCACCAUGGCACCACCAUCAUCACCACCACCAUCAUCACCACCACCACCACCAUCAUCAUCACCACCACCAUCAUCAUAACCACCAUCAUAACCAUCAACCAUCAUCAUAACCAUCAUCAUAACCACCCCCACCAUCAUAACCACCAUGGCACCACCAUCAUCAUAACCACCAUCAUAACCAUCAAUCAUCAUCAUAACCACCAUGGCACCACCAUCAUCAUAACCACCAUCAUAACCAUCAAUCAUCAUCAUAACCACCAUGGCACCACCAUCAUAUCCACCACCAUCAUAACCAUCAACCAUCAUCAUAACCAUCAACCAUCAUCAUAACCACCCCCAUCAUCAUAACCACCAUGGCACUACCAUCCUCAUAACCACCACCAUCAUAACCAUCAACCAUCAUCAUAACCAUCAACCAUCAUCAUAACCAUCAACCACCAUCAUAACCAUCAACCAUCAUCAUAACCAUCAACCAUCAUCAUAACCACCCCCACCAUCAUAACCACCAUGGCACCACCAUCAUAUCCAUUACCACUGUUAUCAUCGUAACAUACAGUAAUUAUUGUCAUUUUAUCUGAUACAACAGAUUUCUACUUUAUAGACCAUCAAGACUGAGGACAUUCCUGUUGAAAAUACAUCUAUUGCAACAGUCAAAGAAGAAAAUUUAGGUGUAAUACUAAGUAAGCGAGUCGUGUGCUUGACUUACACAGUGCAACUCAAGUUGUAAACUGGUUGCAUGCGACAGUUUUAGGCAAAACUUGUGUGAUGUAAAUCCGCCAUUAUGUGAUUGUUAUGAUAUAUCUGCACUAAUCAUCCUCCUUGAUUUCCUGUCUGAAGGUGGUUCCCCUCCAGCUGAGGCCCAUGCAACCACGCCUACCCCAAGCACACAUCCUAGUGGCAACAUGUUAGGAAUGGUCAGCGGUUGGUCUUCAACAUUUGAGCCUGGGCCAGCAGGUCAUACUCCAGCGGAUAAUCCCAAGAAAGAACUCACAGAAGCGGAAACUAAAGUGACAAAACCUGUGACUAGUUUUCAUGGAAUCUUGACGGACUAUGAAAUUGUUGGUUCUAAGAAAUAUGCUGCGAACGAGUAUACAGCGCAAAUGCUUUCAUCACCAAGUGACAAGGUAACUGUCUGCUCUAGUGAGCAAUAAAACUAAAGUGAACUUGUUUCGUGGUUGGCUUCCGUAAUUUUUUCCUCAGUUUUAUUGUGUUUCAUUCUUAUAAUCAGUCACUGAACGUGUAGCCUCGUGAUGACCCUCCAUAUUAACAACAUACCAACACCACUGUACACGCGUAAAAAUUUCACAGCUUAUCAACAAGAUGUCUUCGCACUGCUUGUUCCCAGUUGUUGACAAGUGGGAAGUUGGAAGAGCAUUGGGCUGGUAUUCCAAAGGUCGUAGGUUCGAUUCCCACCGUGGUCAGGCAUAUUUUUCAAGCUUGCCCGGUGUGGAUAUACACUCAGAGUAACAUUACAAGCAUCAUAUUCACCUGAGUACAUUACACGAACACAGAAAAAAAAGUCUGGAACAAGUUGUUAUCAUCUUCUAUAGCAAGGUUGACGGGGCCAACAGACUCGCAACAAGUCGUUCCAACAAGUCCUCUUUUUUAACGGUAACCCUAAUCUCGUGCCCUGACGUUUAUGAAGUUGGACAUUAAUGGAGAAAGGCACCCUAACUUGUGAACCUUACUAAGUCAGCUACAGUAUAUUCAUGAAAAAACCGUAAUUUUUAUCUUAAAUUUUAGGAUGGAUUUGAACUCCUCGACAAGUCAGGUAAUUAAAGCAUUCUUUUGACUCAUUGAACAUUUUUGACAUCAUACUUUUUUUAAUUCUGCUUCUAUCUUUUAAUUCUAUUUUCCUGUAGAAGAUUUUGCUCAAGAAAAAUCAUCCGGAUUCGAGGUGCGGAUUGAGUCGAAAAACAACUACCUGAAAAAUAAAAGGAGAACUUUGACGAUUCGAACGAAGGCCCUUCAUCGAAGUUCUCCUUGUGUUUUUGAGGUAGUUGUAUCUCUAUCCAUCUGAAGCCUUCUUAUUAUUCACACUACCUACUGACACUACCCACACUGGCACUCAGACUUUUAGCCAGGGUCCUAAAAGAGGGCGUCCAAUUUUGGUAUAACGAAAUAUCCACAGUAAAGAGGGCUGGUGGUGGGGGCUCGAGAAAACGUUCCUCUGGAAAACCUUUGAAAUUUAUGUCAGUAUCUGUUCCAAGCUUGUUCGAAAAUUUGAAAACACACUUGACUUUGUGAUUUUGUGCCGCUAUGCUUCAACUACGACAUUUUCAUUCAGCCAGGUAUACCAUCAAAUUGAUCAAAAUGUUAAAUGUAUAAUGAUAAUGAGAAUUGAAGCUAUUUCGUUUCGGAUAUAUUAAUAUGCUUAGGGAAAUUAAUUUCCCUUUCCCCCCAGAAUUUGGUCGUCCAAUUAAAGGCGUCCAUUUUUCGUUCUAGGGGCGUCCCAGGACGCAUGGCACUGCCGUUCAAGCACUGCCGUUCAAGGUUGAAUUGGAGUAACUAUAAUAGCCUUUUCCUGGUAUUUUAGGUUAUCGCUGACCCUUCAACGCCCCAGGACAGCUUCUUAGAACAUGAUCGCAGUAUGGGUUUAAUGUCCUUAGUGAACAAUAUCGCGCGUGAAAAAGGUCUGGAUGGACAAAAUUAUAAAUGUCAGGGAUGUUCAAGACCCAUUGGCAUGAGUACGUGUAGUUGAUUUUAAUCAUUUUAUUUAAUCUUAUUAUUUUAGUAGUGAUUAUUAUAACAUAUAAACUAACUUUGUAUUUCGCAAACUGCAAAUGACCGUCACUGUACCAUAAUUUAUAUACACCCAUAAACCCAUGUCGGUUUUAACCUUGUCUUUUCUUCUAUUUCUUUCAGUUUAUGGACAAUAUAAAGUGUGUGCCUACGACGGAAGGUAUUAUCAAAUAUUGCAAAUUAACUUACGCCGAGAUAAACAUCAUACAACAAUGCAUGUUAUUUUAUUUAGUUAUUAUUGCUAUGAAUGUCAUAUUGAUGAUGAACAUACCAUCCCUUCCAAGAUUGUUCACAACUGGGAUCUCUCAAAAUAUAAAGGUACAUAUUGAUACGAUUGUUUAAAGAAUUGUUAGAAGGCCAUUGGAUGUUGACGGACUUCUAUUCUAUAAUUCUAUUCCAUUUCACAGUGGCCAAACAAGUGAAAUUAUUUUUAAUGCAAAUCGAUGAAGAACCACUGUUUCAUAUUGAUGAAGUUAAUCCAACAUUGUAUAAUGUCAUCAGUGAGAUGAAUAAAGCAAAGGUAAUCCUUUUCACCACUAUAAUCGUAUCACCAUCAUACCAGCCACUUGCAACAUCAUUUUAUCCUGACCGUUAUCAUUACCACCACUACCAUAAUCAUUUAACUCACCACCACGAUAACAACUACAAUAUUGCAUCAGCAUUUUGAACACCAUCUUUACCAGAAGAUUAUUAUCAUUACAUCAUGACCAUUAGGAUCCUAGGAUCCGUCAUCACCAUCCCCACCACCAUCAUCUUCACGACUAACACCAUCCUCAUCACCACCAUCUUCAUCACCACCACCAUCAUUACCAACAUAACCAUCACUAUCCCCACCACCAUCAUCACCAACAUCAUCAUCACAAACACCACCAUCAUCACUGUACUACUAUACUCUCCACUACCACAACAACUAUAAGCUACAAGCAUCUUGAACACUAUCGUUACCAAUUACCAGUAGAUUACUGCCAUCACCAUGACAGUCACGAUCCAUUACCACCACCAUCAUCAUCACCACCAUGACCAUCACUGUAGUACCACAUUGAUUGCUACUGCUACCAUAAAAUACGAGCAUCACCUCCACAUUUUUCUACUCUGCUAUAACUAGCAACAACAAUGUGACAUAUUAUAUUUUCUCUUCAGCAAUUGCGCAUUCAGCUUCAAUCUUUGAAGGGUUAUGUCAUGACUUGUAAGAACAGUAUGAUAUCAGAAGAUGUGAAACGAAGGUGCCAGACCUUGUAUUCUUUUGCUAUAACAUGCUUUCCUUCUGUGUACAUAAUCGUGCAAAUAGAUCGUCACAGUAUUUUUUACUUCAAUGUUCAUUUAGAAUGUGGCCAAGGGAGUAUCUUUGGGACGAUAUUCAUCAGUAUUCUCUUUUGGUAAGAGAAGUAAUAUUUAUUGUAACAUGUAUUUCCCUCUGAUAGAAAUUGGAUAUAUAUUUCUCUUUUAUCAUCUGUUGCUUUACAAAUAUUUGAGUUGAAAGUGUUUAGUUUAAUGUGUUUUUCGUUAUGAUUAUUGGCAAAGGGUUAGUUAGAUGGAAAACCUGAGUACCGGGGAAAAAUCCUCGAAGCAGGAGAGAACUAACCAAACUCUACUUACAUUAUUUAUCAAGCACAGGGGAAGUUAGCCAACCUGAGUAAAUCCCCGUCCUCGACCUGCAGUAGCAGGCUUCAGUCAGAGAUAAAGGAUAGAGCGUUAACCCGCUACCUUCGCAGUCCGUAAUGAAUUCCCCAAUGUCGUACGCCUGAAUACAGCAUGCAUCUUUCCUAAUUUUUGAAACGCCUGCAGAGAGUGUUAACCGCAUCUUCCACCCGUACCACCCAUAGCUUUCGUGUCAAAAUGUCAAUUUCAAAUUUUCCUUCUUCUUUAAGGAUUUAAUUCAAGUCAAUUCUGGACAAUUACAACACCAUUUAAAGAAAAUCAUCUCAUUUUGCAAGAAACAUGUAUACAAAUGCGAGGUACGC